CUCGGCUCAUGGCAUGGCGGCGGCGGCCAUCUCCCGUCCCCUCGCCGGCCGCGGGAGUCAGCGGCUUCCCGCCCCCGGUUUGAGCCGCGGCCCCUUCCUUAUCCACCAUCACGCCGCCACUCAGCAGCGACUGGGAGGCCUCCACCUUGAGCUCACGCCGGCCCUGCUGCCGGUCGGCGGUGGCCGACCUCGACCUGCGCGGAAGGGAGACGGCCCGGGGACAGUCCAGGGUGCGUGGGCGAGGGGAUGAGGCGCUGCGGACGACAGCGCGGUCGUGCCAUCCCCACCCUCCCGUCGACUGCCGGCGGCGCCCGUGUCCGCUGUGCGUGCUCCCGUCCCCCGCUGCCGAGGGACGCGUCUUCCUGCUCCGGCGUGGGCUGUUGUAAGGGUCCCCAGGCAUGGACGAAUCCUCGAGGUCGAGCGCGCCGACAGCUCAACAAUUUCACCAUCGUCCGUCCGAGUACUUGGUGAUACUACUGUGUAAUGUGGCUUAGGUCACCAAAGAUUAGUGGAAGACUAGAUCUAUGGUAAUUAAGAAAACAUUAAAGGGCUUGAAUAUUUGACAAGGUAUUUUGGAGACCUUUAUCUGAAGAAAGAAUGAAGGGGUAGUAAUAGCCUGCUCUUUCCAGCUAUCCAAGGAUAGGAUUGAGCUACAAUUUGUAACGAGUUAUCUUGGUAAGUAUUGUGUAGUUAGACUCAUUUGUAUUAUAUAUAGAUAAGAGUGCUAUGAGUUUGCCAUUAGUGUAAAGACCAGAGGUGGCCUGCCUUUUCUAGCUAUCCCACUGACAUAUCAUGUACGUUGUGCUGAAAUGCAGAUAGAUAAUUUGUAUGCCCUGCCCUACUGAUCUAAAAAAAUACCUGAUUUUAUACUAAAUUAUCUAAGGUGCAUAUUGCAUUGUUAGGAAGCUAUGUUGUAUCCUUCUUGGCUGUUGUAAAGUUGAUUAUGCACAUUUUAUGUUACAAAAAAAAAGAUUAUGCAGAUUUUGCCACCAUCAGGUUAAUGCUAUAUGCAGUUUAUAUCCAUGUCCUAUUUUAAACAUUCCUGAUCAUUUUAUACAUGUAAUACUUACACACUUCAAGAAAGAAAAAAACCUGUUAAGUACUGAUUUUUCACUGAAUCGGUGACUGCCCUCGUGUGGUGGAUUCAUCAUUGCACCACAAUUGUUCUGAAAGUGAGGUUCUCAAGUGCCUACACAUUGGAUUAUUAUGUGUACAAGAAAAUCCAGGUGAUAGACCCGGCAUGUCCAAUGUGAUCCUGAUGCUUGUUGGAAGGGUCUGGUUCAUGCAACAUCAGUGCCCCUUGGGUUUUCCUUCCACCAGGGAUGGUUGUGAAUCAGCAGAAAUUCCACACCCUCAAGGUCAACCGAUGCAUCUAGAAUACAUAUAUGAAGCAUAUAUAUUAAUGUUUUAAUCAACUCGGCACCUGAAGCUAUUCUCUUUAUUUCUGCAUCUAUCUUGAGCUAAUUUGGAUAUGGUACAUUGUCUUUUUUGCUAUCUGAACCUCACAACAGAACGUUAUCUCACUAUUAUGAUGGAUGUCAUAUUUGUUACAUUAGCCUAUGAAAUGUUCAGAAUGUGUCCGCAUAUUGGGGUGGGGGUGGGAUAUACAUAUUGUGUCCGCAUAUGAUACGUUGUUUUCUAGUUGAAUAACAUAUGUUUCGUUUUUUUACAUAAACUCAUAACUAUGGUAUACAUCCCUAAAAUAUAUAAGCAUGAAAGUUCUUGUAUUAUUGCCAGUUGUACAGUAAAUACCCUUUUUGUUAUCUGCUAUGUGGUUGGCACAAUAUAGCCUUAAUAUUAUUCCCCUUGGGUGUCUAAACGAGGGCAACCAAUUAAUAAAUACCUACGGUCUGUUAGAGACGCAGGUUGCCAUAUUUCACAAAAAUAAAACAUAAUUUCAUUGUUGCCUAUUCUGCUGUGAACUGCACAAUCAGAUUUUGACAUGCAUAUGUUAAUUGCAUGGUAUGUUCAUGAAUAUUGAGUGAUCAUGUCAGGUGUGAUGAUCAUGUAAUGCUCAUGAGAAUGUUAAUCCUCAUGUAGUGAACUUGCUUAUCUGCUUUACAAACUCCCUCUGAACUGCUCUAUGUUCUCAUAUAUGAGCUUAUUUCUUUGCCCCUGUAAUGUUCUUUGUUGAUUCCUGUCAUGUUGUGUUCAUGUAUGGGUUUUCUUAUUUCCAGUCAGUUUCCUGUAUAUAUUGCUGGAGCUGUUCAUCCCAUUUAACAGUUUUCUUGCUAGAGUUGUUCUAAAAUUGGUAUGGUGUUUAUUGUUCCUUUCUAUUUUGCUGAAGUAGUUAAUAUGCACAGAUCAGUUCAAAUGAUAGCAAAAAGCACAGCUCAAUUCAUUCCCUUCCGUAGUGCGCAGCACAAUACAUCUCAUUCAUGCCAAUUUCCUUACAAGCACACAACACAGCCCUGUUCAAUUUCAUACAAGAAAAGCACUGGAAAUUAACAUUAAACCCAUUACGGGUCGCGCAAAUGGCGCAUUCUCGCUCGUUCCACGUCAUCGCAGGUAGGACAAAAGAAACACAUUGGUGAUUGGGUGUGAGAGGAAAAAGGAAAUCAGGGGGUCACACCAGAAUCGAUUUCUUUUCUCUUCCUCCACACGCAGCCUUCUCCCCUCUCCUCUCCCCCAAAACCGCCCGCCGCCGCCGCUGCCGCCCGCGAUUCAACCUGCCCAGCUCCGCCCGCAACUCAGCCCGUCCUUCUCUGCCCGCAUCUCCAUGCUGCUGGUUCCGCUACACGCCACUGUCUCCACUCUGCUUUGCCCAUGGCGGCUACCAUGUCUGCUCCUGUGACGUGCCGAUAUGGCGACACCGUGGCCGGGUGUGAUCUGGAGAACCUGUGGACGGUGGUGCACGGUCUGGGCGGCGGCGACCUGCGCGGUUCCAGUGCUGCACCGGCACCUCGUUCAUCCAUCGCACAGAUCCAAGGCGGGCGACGCGGAGAUGAUCGAUGGGGAGAUGGCUCUGCUUGAGUUAGCCAAGGCGUCGGGGACGAAAUCUGGACCGUUUUUAUCUGUAGGUGGUAAUCUUGCUGCAAGUUCCAGGCUGGGUUCCUUUCUCUCCAGGGAAGUUGCCUCCCGGGGUCGAGAGGAGGCAGAGGAGACCUUGGGGAAAUCGAGCAUCUUGGCAGAGCGAUGCCCCCAUCCCAUUCCCCUUUCUUUCUCAGUGUGCUUCUCCAUGGACAACAUCGCCACGGACAGAUCGACGAUUCAAGCCCUAGGUCGGCGUAUUUUGAUGUUAGCAUGCCCCCUGAAGGACUGCAGGAUACCAACUUUGGUGUCAAACAUGGUCUACACUGACGAUGAUGUUACACUUGUUGAUGUUCCAUGCUCUUUGUUACAAGAGCAAAGAAGAAGAAAUAUUCAGUUCUCCAUGUGGAUUUAAACAAAUACAAUUGACUAGUCCCUCCUUUUAAAUUUGUUGCUUUGGUCUUCUACUAGGUUUGUAGAUGGGAUAGGUUCAAGGUUUUAAGAUGGGCUAGGUUUCAUCUAGCUUGUGCCAUCGACUUGGUCUCAACCGUCUUAGGGCAAACCACCGCUUUAGGGAGGCGGCGGCCCCUUUGAUGGCCUCACGACUCGACUCAACGAUCGGGAUCGAUCAUCGGUGGUGACGGCGAAGGUGGUACGGAGUCUAAACCGUGGGAGAGACCAUAAAACUGAGAAGGCAAAGUUGGGAAGCUCCUACAAAGGUAAAUGGUUUGGUACAUGCAUAUAGAUGCUUGAUCGUUUGUUGUGAUUUGUGAAAUACUGUGAAAUAGAGGAAUAAGGUGCCAUUGAGAUUUGUUUGUUGUGAAAGGUACAAUUAUUAUUCUAGAUUUGCACAGAUACCAUCCAUUAUUUA